UCGAGUGGAUGACGCUCUAUCUGGGCAUGGAGGAGGAGGUUGCUCACUUUGAGUGCGCCACGACAUCUGGGCCUCAUAUCCGGUUCACCACACUGAAGACUUAUUUUGAGCACCAUCUGGACGCGGCUGCCGAGGCCGAGGCUGCGGGUGACGAGCUGUUCACACAGUAUCACCGCGGCUGCGCUCUUCGGUGCUGGUACAUGCAUGUGGUAGGCGCUGCAUGCUUUGUGGACAAGAGCGCCAGGUACGUCGACGUGACCUACCUCCGCUAUUUCAUGGACCUGGAUACCGUUCACCAGUGGAACUGGGGGGCAGCUACUCUGGCAUAUCUCUACCAGAAGCUGAAUGAGGCCUCCAACUGGAGGACGAGGCAGCUGGUCGGAUCCUGCACUCUGCUUACGAGCUGGAUCAUCUCCUACUUCUCCCGCAUCCACGGCUUCCACAUCGAUCCUGCGUACGUUGACGCCAUGCCCAGGGCCGCCAGAUACGCCCUCCAGAGGGGGAACGAUGCGGUGGGACCAUACCGCCUGUACCUGGACCGCACGAUGCACGACGACGUCACCUGGAGGCCGUUCGCCGACUAUGCUCAGGUUGUCCCCUUCGACGGGGUUGCUCUAUAUUCAGGCUGGUUGGCAUGCGGGACCGGCAUCAUGGUCCGGUAUCUCCCGGAGCGGUGCAUGCGGCAGUUUGGGUUCGUGCAGAUCAUACCCAGGUCACCCUUCGAGGCUGCUCCUGACACAGUGACCAGAGUGCAGCUCACUGCCAUAUGGGAGGAGUGGCAGCAUCAUGUGGUACCGGAGGAGUACCGUCGCAUGCGGGUCACCCAGGACUGGCACAGUGUGGAGGGGUACGUCACAUGGUUCUACCGGGUGUCCCAUCCUCUCUUGAGACCCGACGUUCCCGGCGCUCCUAGGCCAGCACACGAGGAGAUCCUGGAGAACCGGCAGGCGGAGGAUGACCACGCCAUUGAUCUCCUUCCGAUCUACCAGCGGAUAGAGAUGCUUGGGCGGGACGCGUUGCAUCGAGGUGUCAUUCAUCAGGGCGGACCAGAGGCAGUCGCCGUGAUGGAGAUCAUCGUCACUGAUGCGGGCCGUGCGGCGGGGUACAGGCGGCAGAGGAGGGCCCAGGGUGAGCGGGUUAGGCACACCCAGUAGUGGUGGGGUUUAUUCAUUUUUUGAUUUUGGAUUGUAUAUUUAGCACACUAUUUUUAUUUAUUUCGGUUUGUAUAUAAUAUUUUCAUAUUAGUAUUUUUUUUUGUUUAUUUAUCAUAUUAGUGUUUUCAGUC